AUGUUUCCUAGAUGGAGGCAUGAGUGUAUAAGUUUAGUCCUCCAAGACAUAAUACUGUUUUACCUCAACCUUAUAAAUUUUGAAGUUUAUAAUGAUAAGUCUUUUCCUGAGAACAAUAAUAGUAGUAAUCAACAUGCUCAUUUUAUUGACAAUUUUCAAUAUGACGGUUAUGGUUUGAAUAUUCCUAGAAGGAAUCAUCUUGAUCUUAUGGUUGAAAACCAAACCUAUUUUCCAUUUAAUAAUGCUUCAGAGACCAAACCGUUGAACUAUGUUGUACCAGAUGAUGAAGUCUCAAGCAUAGCACCAACAAGUUAUUACCAAAGAGGUGAUUUGAAUAGAAACAACAGGCUACUAUCACCGACCACGAGAAGAGCGUUUAAAGCGAAGAAGAAAUCAAGCAUAGUGAAGGGACAAUGGACGGUCGAUGAAGAUAGAAUGUUGAUUCAAAUGGUGGAACAAUAUGGAAUGAGGAAGUGGUCUCAUAUUGCUCAGAGAUUGCCUGGAAGAAUAGGGAAACAAUGCAGAGAAAGAUGGCAUAACCAUUUAAGGCCUGACAUUAAGAAAGACAUAUGGACUGAUGAAGAGGACAAGAUAUUGAUCUAAGCUCAUACUGAGAUAGGAAAUAAAUGGGCAGAAAUUGCGAAAAGAUUGGCCGGAAGAACUGAAAACUCAAUAAAAAACCAUUGGAAUGCAACAAAGAGAAGACAAUAUUCGAAAAGAAAAUGCCGCUCGAAGUAUCCUAGAGGCACACUUCUGCAGGAAUAUAUCAAGAGCUUGAACUUGGACCAAAAUCCACCAAGAGACUUUCGAAAAAAAUCUUGUUCUAAUGCUAAGAAAACCAUUACUUGUAGCACAAGUAAAGAAGCAAUACAACAAAUUCCUCAACCACAGAUCAUGAAUCAGUUUUGUCCCAAUGACCAAUCAGUGCCGAACUACGAGUUUAAUGAUUUUUGCUUGGAUGAUAAUUUUCUAUUUGUGGGUUUCUUAACAUGUGCCA